AUGGAUUUUAGAGUAAUCCAUCGUCGCUCUAAUACCUCUUAUUUACGACUCUCCUGUGAUGAUUAUGGAUCUCCUUACGCCAACACCGUUUGUGAUCUUGAGAGCUCCGAGUAUCUAAUGAAGAUACAAAUCGGUACUCCUCCUGUGGAGAUCGAAGCUAUGAUUGACAGGAAGCCCCCUCAUAUGGACACAAUGCUUGCCUUGUCAAAACUGCUACAACCAAGCAAGAGUUAUACCAACGGAACGUAUGUUUCCGAGACUCUCACGAUCCAGUCCACUUCAGGUCAACCGUUUUUGAUGCCUGAAAUCCUAAUUGGCUGUGGCCACAACAACUCAGGGCUUGUGUCGACCACUUCAGGCAUUGUUGGUCUAAACUGGGCAGCUACAUCGCUCACCUCUCAGAUGGGAGAAAGAUUCUUAGGUCUUUUGUCUUAUUGCUUCUCCGGUACGGAAACUAGCAAGAUCAACUUUGGAGCGAAUUCUAUUGUCGCAGGAGAUGGGACAGUAGCAGCAGAUAUGUUUCGAAAGGCGGAUAAACCGGAUUACUAUUACCUAAACCUAGACGCAAUCAGCGUUGGAGAUAUCCGCGUUGAGACGUUGGGGACACCGUUCUACGCCACAAACGGAAUACAUGGUCAUAGACUGGAACCACUUACACGUUCUUGCCCGGGACCUACUUGGAACAAGUGA